AUGGAGCACCCCGACAUUGCCAACCAUGACUCGGAUGGCUCGGGCUCAUCUGACGAGUAUCCUCCUCAGUAUCCACUGAUGGCCAACACAUCCUUCGGGGAACCCUUCGACACUCAAGUUCAGACACCGGCCACGACCAUCACUUCCUCCCCUCCCUCCCAUCCAUCGACGUUGGAGCUUCAUCCGUGCUUGAGGCCUCCGACCCUCUUGCGAUGCCCGGCGAUCUGCGGCCACAACGCCCAUCCGCUCCUGCAAGAACCCCCCUCCAAUACAUACGCCCCUCAACGGCGCCCACCACAAUACAUCAGCCUCCAGAGUGAUCGUCAACGCUCCUCCUCUUCUAAGAGAGGACCCCGACGCGAUCCGAACGCGCAAUAUCGCGCUCAAGAAAAGGCCUAUGUGCAACGCAUUCGGGCCAAUCCUCAGGCUUGGUAUCACCACUUUAACGACGCACAAUCUCCUAACGUUAUGGUCGGAGACGCCGACUUAGAGGAUCCUUCCCCAUCCUCCGAAGCUCCCUAUGAAGAUGAUCCUUACGACCCCGACACCCAACUUUUCCUCCCCGAUGACAACCUCCCCAGCAUAGACGAACUCAAGAACCCGAAAAAUCAAGAACGACUCGAAUGGCAUUCCAUGUUGGCGUCGGUGCUAAAGGGUGACGUGGUAAGGCAAGAGAAACAACGACUCAUCGGCUCCACGGAGUCGCAGAGAUCGGCAGCUCUUAGCCAUGCCCUAUGGCUUGGAGUCCGAUCGAGGACAUGCGGCCGAAGCAUUCCUCUCCAACGAAAACUGAUCGAGGAUGCUCGCUCUCGCCUUGCACCCCUAAUCGACGACAUCAUCAACUUCCAAAUCAAAGGUGAAGCUGAAAUCGGCAAACCACCCCGCCAGCAAGUUGAGGAUGUCGUGGAAAAGGUUGAGAAGGUUGAGAUUCUAUACUCGACAGCCAAGGAAAUGGAGACCGCAAAUCCUCGUGCUGCUUCAGAAGAGUUCUACUCUAGCCGCGCGGCGAUUUUUGCCUGGCACAACAUCACCGCUCUGAUAAACACCCAACUUGCUGUCUUACAAAGUUGGGUAGGCAACGAUGCUCUCGAUUUCGCUGUUUCUAGACUCAAAUCCGACAAGAGCGACUUAUCGGACGACUCAUCGUUUCUGGAUCGUAUCAUGAAGGAGGACGGCCUGAAGACCCUACAGGGCGAGCACAGUAUGCUCCAGGGCAUUGGGGCCCUCGCCAUCUGCCCCCCCUAUAUUGAGGAGCUUCUAACAUUAAUCAACUUUCCAUCCCGUUUGAUUCAAGAGAUCAUCCGCAUGCGUCUGUCUUAUGCGAAGAACAUGAGAGAUCCGGCUCAGCAGUCUCCUAUCCUGGUGGACCAGAUGAUCUCGCAGUUCCAAAUCUUAAUGAAAGUGGCUGUUCAGAUUAAGCAGACUUAUUUGGCUAUCUCACGGCCUGAGCCUGGUUGGGAUUUACCACCCUGUGUUGACGAGAAUUUCGAUUCCGUUGUGUUGGAUGCCAUGAAGUACUAUUUUCGACUUUUGAAUUGGAAGUUAAACGCCAAUAAAAAUACCUUCAAGGAGGCCGAGAUUCUGGAGCAGGAAUGGGGCUAUUCUUAUCAAAUCGGCCGCCAACUAGACGGUGGUGAUAUCGAGGUUGCGGAGCAAUUCAGUGCUUUAACUGCCAAAUCUCUUCAACGACUCAUGAUUCAUUUCGAACGUGAGCUGGUUCCAAGGCCUAAAGAAACAGUCGCAGACAUGGACAAGCGGUAUAAGAGCAUACUUGAUUCGACACGUAUCCGACAGCGCAAGUUGUACCGAUUCUCGAGAUUUCUUUGCCAAUUGUUUGAAAACGCGACGGAAUACAAUAUUUCCGCAGACAUCGCAUACGAUUUUUUCGAGGCCUUGUUGAUAUCUGAUCAUUUUCUGGUCACUUCACCUGGUUCGGUUGGCCAGAAGGGCGUCUACUUGAUUGCCCAUUAUUCCCUGUGGAAUCGCCCUGCCGAUAUCAAAGCCAUCCUCGCUACCUCCUUCCGAGAAGACAACACAACAAUUGACUCGCCUCACAUUCCAUAUGUACUUGUCAUCCGCCCAGAACGGCCUCUAGGAUGGGGUGGCAAAGAAAUGUACGUGGAUAUGCUGGAGCAGCCUACCGAUGUCCGCCUUGGUAAACUUCGACUUGUCGUUGAAGGAAUGCAAGAAAGACUACAAAACGCAAGGCUGGAGUUGACACAGCUCACUGGCAUCCAGCUAGACAUGUCGAUCGAGCAGCGUGCCAACCUUGGUCGUGUUAACGUCGAAUUGAAUAAGAUCAAGAAGAUCUCUUUCAAGCUUUCCAUGGCCAUCAUGGAUAGUGUGGCUGUGAUCAAGAGCCAGCUGCGUGAAAAGACAUGGGAGAAUAAUGACUUGGUGCAGGCCUGCUAUGCAUUUGCAACUGAAUUUGGUAAACGUUCUUCCAAUUAUGUUGAUGCCAAUAGACGCGCUAUGAAUAGUGCUCGCCUGAUCGAUCUAUCUCUUGACUGGGUUUCGUUCAUUUGCGAUGAGUGUGAUGCCGCCGAUCGAAAAACUUUCAAGUGGGCAGUCGCCGCGCUUGAAUUUGCCAUGGCAAUCACCUCCAGUCGACACUUGUUAUCUUUAGACGAGGAGCAGUUCAACCGUCUGAGGUCAAAGGUAGCAGGUUGCAUGUCUCUCCUUAUCUCUCAUUUCGAUAUUAUGGGCGCUCGAUCAUCCCUUGCGGCCCAGGCUGAAAAGCAACGCAUGGAAGAGCGCGCUGGCGCCCGAAAAAUCGGCCAAGGCCGUAUCCUGAGUGACGAAGAAGCGUCCAGGAAUAUUCGUGAUCAGUGGUAUGCCCGGGUCACGGAAAUUGAAGACAGGAGAGUGGAAGAAGACGCAAAACGACAAGCUCUUGGUAGGGUUCUUGAAGGCUCUGAUGAGGCUGACCGUUCCCUCACCGUGCUAUCAUCAUCUGCUACCAACGUUACUCUCCGCUGGCAACAAGGCCAAUUCAUCGGAGGUGGUACCUUCGGCUCUGUCUACGUUGCUAUCAAUUUGGACAGCAACUACUUGAUGGCAGUUAAGGAAAUCCGUCUGCAGGAUCCUCAGCUAAUUCCCAAGAUUGCUCAGCAAAUUCGCGAUGAGAUGGGUGUGCUCGAGGUGCUGGACCAUCCGAACAUCGUCUCAUACCAUGGUAUCGAGGUGCACCGUGACAAGGUCUACAUCUUCAUGGAAUACUGCUCUGGUGGGUCGCUUGCCAGUUUGCUGGAGCACGGUCGUAUUGAAGAUGAAACCGUCAUCAUGGUCUAUGCUCUUCAACUUCUUGAGGGUCUGGCUUACCUUCAUCAAGCGGGCAUUGUCCAUCGCGAUAUCAAACCCGAGAAUGUCUUGCUUGAUCACAACGGAAUCAUCAAGUACGUCGAUUUCGGCGCUGCCAAGAUCAUUGCUGGAUCAGGUCGAACCGUAGCCCCGAUGGACAACCCUGGUGGCACCAAGGACUCUUUACCCGGCAAGAACGAUCAAAUGCAAAAUCGGGGCAAGAACCAAAAGACGACGACGGGAACUCCAAUGUACAUGUCUCCUGAGGUUAUCCGUGGCGACACGCCUGAACUCGCGAGCCACCAGGGCGCUGUGGAUAUUUGGUCUCUUGGCUGUGUCAUUCUCGAGAUGGCCACCGGCCGUCGACCAUGGUCCACUCUAGAUAACGAGUGGGCGAUCAUGUACAACAUCGCGCAAGGCAACCAACCCGCCCUGCCGACCCGUGACCAGCUCAGCGAACAGGGUAUCAACUUCUUGAGCCGCUGCUUCGAGUGUGACCCUCUCAAGCGACCCACUGCUGCUGAACUCCUCCAGACCGAGUGGAUCGUCUCCAUUCGUCAGCAAGUGGUCGUGGAACCCCCCCACACCUGGAAGUGA